AUGAAGCCGAAAGAGCCCGAUAAACAGCCAGGGGGCCGUCUCCUGCAGGCCUCGGAGGAGCUGCUGAAAGAGCACUACAUCGCCCUUCGUGACCGUCCCUUCUACAGCCAGCUGGUGAAGUACAUGAGCUCUGGGCCUGUGGUGGCCAUGGUCUGGCAGGGCCUGGAUGUGGUCAAGACAGUUCGCACGAUGAUUGGGGAGACCAACCCAGCCGAAUCCAGGCCUGGCACCAUCCGAGGAGACUUCUGCAUUGAAGUCAGCAAGAAUGUGAUCCACGGCAGCGACUCGGUUGAGAGUGCCCGGCAGGAGAUCUCCCUCUGGUUCCGCCCGGAGGAGCUGACUUGCUGGGAGGACACGGCCGAGCACUGGAUCUACGCGUGAGAAGAGCAGCCCGAGGGAAGUAUGUCUUCCUGCCUGGGCACGGGGCGUUUCCAUCCAUUUCAUCGCAGCCGCUUGGACUGGCUGUGGAUCCUGCUGCGGUGUCGCGUGCUGCGGGGGUUUGUUCUGCUUCUGGGUGGAGGGGUCCUGGGAGCCGGUCUGUGUGUGUAA